UCUGAAAUUCGUUCCUUUAUAUUCUUCGACCUGGAAACUUCGGGCCUUCACAAAUCAGCAGGCAUUCUCCAGAUUGCCGCUAAGUGCGGCGAGUCCACUUUUUCUGAAUAUGCCAAUCCUUCUCAACCGAUAACACCCAGCGCAACUGCAAUCACGGGCUUGAGAAAUGUCGCUGGAGAAUUAUUUCUGUAUGAUAAAAGACUACCGUCGAUUCCCAUUCAUGAAGUGCUACAGAAAUUCAAAGAGUGGUUAGAUGUUUUUAAACCGUGCAUUCUUGUGGCGCACAAUGCCAAAUUUGACACUCCACGGUUACUGUAUGCUCUCAAAAAAAAUUCGAUGGUAGAAGACUUCAAAAAUAUCAUCGUUGCAUUCGCCGACACUCUCGUAAUUCUAAGGAAGCUUCAUCCUCAAAGGAAAGGUCCCGGAAUGUUCAAACUUUCCAGGCUCGCUGAAGAUCUACUUCAUAUAGAACCGACUACAAAAUUUCACGAAGCAUCAUACGACGUUGAUAUUCUUGAAAAAAUCGCUUCCACUAUUCCAAAAGAAAAAUUAAUUGCGAAUAGCAAAUCUUUCACGGAAUGUUUCGUUCACGAAGCUUGUUUGCAAAAGACAGCGGUACUCGAACGAUCUUUAAAUGUUUUCAAGGGUGUUAUUUCUGCAGGGAUGAUUAAAAAAAUAGCAAGUGCGGGAAUCGACAAUACUAAAAUACAAAAAGUAUAUGCAGAAAGUGGAAGAGACGGUAUAGUACAACCCUAG